CUUCACUUCUCAAUUUUAGAUCUGACAUCUUCUGAGCACGUCACCGCAUCUCCGUUCUUGGGACGUUGAACCCAGCAGCUGGACUACUUUGUUCUUGGAAUUUUGGGUGUCCUCUCUUCUGACCUUUUCCCCACGUCUCUUCGUCCUUCCCCCCUCCCAAGAACUCCAGAAGACUGUAGGAUUAUCAUGGAGUCCAGGGAAAUUUUAAGCCACUCUCGGCAAAGAGGGAGCGAGUCGGAAUUCCUUCCAGGCUCCUCGUCCAAGUCCCCAGCAGCUCCUGGCUGUUCUGGAGAGCCCUUGAAAGGUAUCUCCGUGGGUGGAGAACGCAUGGAGCCAGAGGAGGAGGAUGAGCUGGGCUCAGGACGAGAUGUGGAUUGCAACUCUAAUGCAGACAGUGAAAAAUGGGUGGCUGGAGAUGGUUUGGAAGAACAGGAGUUCUCCAUCAAAGAGGCCAACUUCACCGAGGGGAGUUUGAAGCUGAAGAUUCAGACUACAAAGCGGGCCAAGAAACCCCCCAAAAACCUGGAGAACUAUAUAUGCCCCCCUGAGAUCAAGAUCACCAUAAAGCAGUCUGGGGACCAGAAGGUGUCCCGUGCUGGGAAAAAUAGCAAAGCUAUAAAGGAAGAAGAAAGAAACCACUCCAAAAAGAAGCUCCUCACAGCCAGUGACCUUGCAGCCAGUGACCUCAAAGGAUUUCAGACACAGGCUUACGAGAGGCCCCAGAAACACUCAGCGCUUCACUAUGACCCAGGCCUCUCACAGGGCUUCACCAGUGACACCUUAAAACCAAAGCACCAGCAAAAAAGCAGCAGCCAGAACCACAUGGACUGGUCCACCAACUCUGACAGUGGACCCGCCACUCAGAAUUGCUUCAUCAGUCCAGAGUCUGGCAGAGACACUGCAAGCACCAGCAAGAUCCCAGCUCUUGAACCCGUGGCUUCCUUUGCAAAGGCCCAGAGUAAGAAAGGCAAUACAGGGAACGCAUGGAGUCAGUUGUCCAGCAGCAGCAAAGAUCUUCUCUUGGGGAAUGUGGUACCAUCUCCCAGCAGCCACAGCUCCCCAGCGCCCACUAGCAACUCUGCUGAGUGCAAUGGACUCCAGCCAUUGGGAGAGCAAGAUGGAGGAGGAACAAAGGAGCUCCCAGAACCACCCACUCUAGGUAGCAAGAAAAAGUCCAAUAAAAAAGAUGUGAUCAGUCAAACCAUAACAAACUCAGAUUUGGAUUGGGUCAAAAGUGCCCAGAAAGCAUUUGAAAAUGCAGAAGGGAAAAGAGAGGGUUACUCUGCAGAUAAUGCUCAAGAGGCAUCCCCGAGCCGGCAGAGUAUCAGCACGGUCAGUAAUCCUGAAAAUGAUUCCAGUCAUGUCCGGAUUACUAUCCCCAUAAAGACACCUUCUCUGGAUCCAACCAACCAUAAGAGGAAAAAGAGGCAGUCCAUUAAGGCUGUGGUGGAAAAAAUCAUCCCCGAGAAAGCACUGGCUUCCGGGAUUGCUAUGAGCAGUGAAGUCGUUAGCAGGAUCCUUUCCAACUCGGAGGGAAGCAAGAAAGAGCCUCGCGUCCCCAAGUUAGGAAAGAUGAUUGAGAAUGAGUCCCCCUCGACUGGCCUGGAAACAGGUGGCAAUACUGAGAAAACUGGCCCUGGAGGUGUGUCUAAGCAGAGGAAAACACCCAUGGUCAUGACGUCACCAACACGCACAGAGCACUCUCAGUCCGGAAAGCUGCCUGAGAUCCAGCACCCCAAGUUUGCCGCAAAGAGGCGGUGUAGCAAAGCAAAACCCCCGGCUAUGCUGCGAGAGGCAGUCUUAGCUACCGCCGACAAACUGGUAGUGGAGCCCCCGUCUGCUUACCCCAUUACCCCUUCCAGCCCUCUCUAUACCAACACGGAUAGUCUGACAGUCAUCACACCAGUGAAAAAGAAGCGGGGACGACCAAAGAAGCAGCCUCUGCUCACGGUGGAGACCAUCCAUGAAGGGACUUCCACUAGCCCGGUUAGUCCUAUCAGCAGAGAGUUUCCUGGCACCAAGAAACGAAAGAGGCGGCGCAAUUUGGCUAAGCUGGCCCAGUUAGUGCCGGGAGAGGACAAACCUAUGAGUGAGAUGAAAUUUCACAAAAAGGUUGGAAAGCUUGGUGUGUUGGAUAAGAAGACCAUCAAAACGAUCAAUAAGAUGAAGACCCUCAAGAGGAAAAACAUUUUAAAUCAGAUCUUGUCCUGUUCCAGCAGCGUGGCCCUAAAGGCCAAAGCUCCCCCGGAGACCAGUCCCGGGGCAGCAUCAAUUGAAAGCAAAUUGGGCAAACAGAUUAAUGUCAGCAAGAGAGGGACCAUCUACAUUGGCAAGAAGAGGGGCAGGAAACCAAGAACAGAGCUGCCUCCCCCAUCCGAAGAACCCAAAACAGCCAUCAAGCACCCUAGGCCUGUUUCUAGCCAGCCGGAUGUCCCAGCCGUGCCUUCCAACUUUCAGUCACUCGUGGCUUCUUCACCAGCAGCUAUGCACCCCCUUUCAACCCAGUUAGGGGGGUCCAAUGGCAACCUGAGCCCCGCCAGCACUGAAACCAAUUUUUCAGAAUUGAAAACUAUGCCAAACCUCCAGCCCAUCAGUGCCCUUCCAACCAAAACCCAGAAGGGAAUCCAUAGCGGAACCUGGAAGCUGUCUCCACCCAGGCUCAUGGCCAACUCUCCGUCACACCUUUGCGAGAUUAGCUCGCUGAAGGAGAUCACCUUGUCCCCCGUGAGUGAGUCCCACAGCGAGGAGACCAUCCCCAGCGACAGUGGCAUCGGGACGGACAACAACAGCACCUCUGACCAAGCGGAGAAGAGUUCCGAGUCCCGACGGAGGUACUCUUUCGACUUCUGUGCCCUGGACAACCCGGAGGCCAUUCCAUCCGACACCAGCACAAAGAACCGGCACGGCCACCGGCAGAAGCAUCUCAUUGUGGACACGUUUCUGGCCCACGAGAGCCUCAAGAAGCCAAAGCACAAGAGGAAAAGGAAAAGCCUGCAGAACCGCGAUGAUCUCCAGUUUCUGGCUGAGCUGGAAGAGCUCAUCACUAAAUUUCAAGUGUUCAGGAUUUCCCACCGGGGCUACACUUUUUACCAUGAGAACCCAUACCCCAGCAUCUUUAGGAUCAACUUUGAUCACUACUACCCGGUGCCAUAUAUCCAGUAUGACCCAUUGCUCUAUCUUCGUAGGACUUCAGAUUUGAAGUCAAAGAAGAAGCGUGGUAGGCCUGCAAAAACCAAUGACACCAUGACAAAGGUGCCUUUUUUACAGGGGUUCAGCUACCCUAUUCCCAGUGGAAGUUACUAUGCACCCUAUGGAAUGCCUUACACAUCAAUGCCUAUGAUGAACCUCGGUUACUACGGUCAGUAUCCAGCUCCUCUGUACCUUUCGCACACACUUGGAGCAGCGUCCCCAUUCAUGAGGCCCACAGUGCCACCACCUCAGUUCCACACAGGUUCCCAUGUCAAGAUGUCCGGGGCCACAAAACACAAAGCCAAGCACGGAGUACACUUGCAGGGAACGGUUGGCAUAGGCCUCGGUGACAUCCAGCCAUCCCUGAACCCUCCCAAGGUGGGCGGGGCCGCCCUGACUGGCAGUCGGCUCCACAAGAGGAAACACAAACACAAACAUAAGCACAAGGAAGACCGCAUCCUAGGGGCCCACGACAAUCUGAGUGGUCUCUUUGCAGGCAAAGCGACAGGCUUCUCCAGCCACCUCCUGAGUGAGCGGCUGAGCAGCGCAGAGAAGGAGCUCCCGCUGGUGAGCGAGAAGACCAAGCAUAAGGAGAGACAGAAGCACCAGCAUGGUGACGCCGGCCACAAGGUUUCAAAGAGCAGCUUUGAAGUGGACACCCUGUCCACCCUGUCACUUUCUGAUGCCCAGCAUUGGACACAGGCUAAGGACAAAGGGGACUUGAGCGGCGAGCCCGUGGACUCGUGUACUAAAAGGUACUCCGGUGGGGACGGCAACGGCUCGAGAUCGGAGGGUCUGGAUGUGUUCAGCGAUAUGAAUCCUUCCGGGGACAAGUGGGACAGCGACGUGUGUGGGAGCAAGAGGAGGAGCUUCGAAGGCUUUGGGACAUACAGGGAAAAGGACAUCCAAGCCUUCAAGAUGAGCCGCAAGGAGAGAAGUUCUUAUGAGUCCUCCAUGUCUCCAGGGAUGCCAAGUCCCCACUUAAAAGUGGACCAGACCGUGGCGCAUAGUAAGAGCGAGGGCUCAGUAUCCACCAUGAUGGCCAGGAAGAAGCCAACCGCAGUGGACAGUGUUGCGAUUCCUUCAGCCCCGGUGUUAUCUCUCCUGGCUGCGUCUGCAGCGACAACAGAUGUAGCCAGCUCCUCGCUGAAGAAACGAUUCAAGAGACGGGAGAUUGAAGCCAUCCAGUGCGAAGUGCGGAAGAUGUGUCACUAUACCAAGCUUUUGUCCACCAAGAAGAAUCUGGACCACGUGAACAAGAUCCUGAAGGCCAAGCGGCUGCAGAGACAAUCAAAGACUGGCAACAACUUCGUCAAGAAGAGGCGAGGCCGGCCUCGGAAGCAGCCCACGCAGUUCGAUGAGGACUCCCGAGACCAAAUGCCCGUGCUGGAAAAGUGCAUCGACCUACCCAGCAAGAGAGGCCAGAAGCCUAGCCUGAGCCCACUUGUGCUGGAGCCGGCUGCAAGCCAGGAUGCUGUGAUGGCCACCAUCGAAGCUGUCAUCCACAUGGCACGGGAGGCGCCACCACUGCCCCCUCCGCCGCCACCACCGCUGCCGCCGCCCCCACCUCCACCCCCACCACCGCCACCGCUGCCCAAGACCGUACGGGGCGGGAAGAGGAAACACAGACCGCAGCCCCCAGCGCAGCCCCCGCAGCCCCUACCACAGCCCCUUCCCCAGGAAGAGGAGGUAAAGGCCAAAAGGUCAAGGAAAUCUCGAGCCAGCGAGAGUGAUGUCCUUCCCUAGGGCAGGCCUGGGCUGCAGGAUCCAGGCAGGGACUGAUGCAGGGGAGGUCAGCAGCCAGGGUGGGGCCGAUGCCCUGCCACAGGGACACCCCGCCCCUCUCUUCAGUGGGCAGGCAGGAAGGGCAGAGGGCAGGGUGGAACCAUGGAAGUCCUUGGGGUAGCAGAGCAAGGGGACAGCCCCCCAAAAGCAGCUGUCUGUGCUACACAACAUUUCCCAACCCAGAGCCACUCGGCGUGGCUGGAUCCUAGCAGUCUGCAGAAGAAGGAGGAGCGUAAAGCUGGUACUCUCUGAUGGCCACCUGACCCCUGACCUCCACCUCAUCCCAGGUGCACCCUUGAUUCCGAUUUCAUUUGCUGGUCAGAAAAAAAAUCAAAUGGGAAACGUCCUCCACUAGCAAACAUUCCAAGGGGGAGCUAAGCUACAGGUUUACCAGCUGGCUUGCAAGCCACUUCCUCGAAAUCGGCUUUUCUUUCUUUUGGUUUGCAAACUCGGCUAGGCUUUGGGGCACCAACAUUAUCUACAAGUGACCCGAAAGAUGCGUCUUUCCGUUACCAACACAGUGGCUCAAAUGGACUCUUGUGAUCGGAAGGUGGAAUUGGACUGAUAGGCGACCUUAGAUCUGCUCGUGUUCCUGUCACGUACACUGAUUUUGCAUUGUCUGUUCCUGCUUUUCCUUUGCGUGUGUUUUCAUGUACUCCCGUUAACUAGCUGCCUUCUAUUCCGUGGUACACAUCUAAACAAUGUGAACUUGACCCGUGCUGUCCUGGCGCUCCGCCUCAAGGGAACGGCUUUGAAUCCCAAUCAUUGUGAAACGUAACUCAGUAUAGAUACAAGCUUUUUAGUAAGUGACUCGGAGCAGCCAAGGGAGAUGUUGACCCAAGCGUCAGCCAGGUUAUUUUUAUACUUAAAACAUACCAGUGACACAUAGGCAGGAUAAAAUGGUUUGAAUACCCCACAGCAAGUGGAAUAACUGAUAAGCCACCAAAUUUCAAAAUCUCACACCCACCAGAAAGAAAACCAUCUAACAAUGCCUUGGUACCUGAUUAUUCUCAUGCAAAGAGCUGGCGGAGGUUGUUGGGGGGGGGGGAGACAGACAGACAGUAGAGGUCCAUUAUCUCUUAAUAAUUAUUUCUUAAAACUGAAGGGGAGUAAGUGUUCUUAUCUAAAACAAAAAAAUAAAAAAUAAAAAGGUAUCAAAAGGGUGGCACCACUCCAAUUGUAUCAAGCCACCUUGGACAAAGUAUCCAAACUGUGGUUGCCUUAAUACACUAAAGCGUUGCUGUACAUAAUGUAAUUAUAGACCUAUCAGUCUGCAUGGAUGCAAACUGUGUGUGACAAAUCGUCUUUUAAAUGGUCAAUUUCAACUGUACAUUUCUCAUCCGCCUUGUUCUCUAGCCAUGGUUUAGUGUGGACAGAUAUUUCCGUCUAUCAUCCAUUUCCAAAGCCCGAGCAAAACAUGUGAAGGCUCAGAAUGAAUGCGAUCCUAUCCCCCUGCCGCAGGUGUUUCUAAAAGUCCGAUGUGGACAUUUCAAAUAAAUCUUUUCAAUCUCCUCCCUUACUCCUCCCCUUGACUUCUUCAAGACAUCAAAUACCUGGCAAACGUAGCUUGCACAAAAGGAAACACAGCGAUUUUCACUUUCUAGGGAGAAUUAGGAUACCUGGUUUACCUCCAGUUUAAGUUGAGAUCGGUUAAGAAACCGCAGUAUCACUUCAGGACAUAGUUUCUCCUCCUCAGAGAGAGAUGGAUUUUGGGGGGGUAACAUACGUGAAUAAGUGGGUAGUACUGGGGUACUGAGGACUGAAGGAAAUUUGAAAAUCCCAAGUUAAUAUGCUUGUAAAUAUCACUGCUGUGUGGCAGCUCCAGCAGUCGCUUGGGAUCACAGAGCCAUCCUGUUCUGUACUGUCGAAAUGGACUUCAUGUCAUUUGGCGCCUGCGCGGUCAGUCUCAUUUAAUCCUAGCAAUACAUACGUUUAAAGGACUGUGCUUGUUUCCCGCUUUUAUCCUAGAUAUUCCGUUUAUGACCUGGGUUGACCUAUGGCAUUUCACGUAAUUUGAACAGCGAAAUCUAAACAGCCAUUUUCAAUCUGUCACUCCCGAGCCAUGUCUGAGCAGCUCCAAAGUCACAGGGAGGAAGGCAGAGAUCAGCCCCUUUCCCCCAACCAUUGCUACGAAAGAGCAGCCAUUCCCAUUCCAAUUAAGCCAUAAAGAGGGUUCUCUUCCUGUUGGACUUUGAAAACCAUUUUUUUCUUUCCUCCUUCAUUCAUUCUUGCUGUAGUGUACAGCACCCCAACCAAGCCUAUAAGCAGUCUGACCCUCCUCCCAGAGGACGGAGAGCUCGGAGAACACCCCACAUUUCAUGGUAUUAACCUGCUAUCAGUGAUUAGCUCAAAAUAAGGUUGGGUUAGAAUUUCAAAACCAAUUUUAAAAACGUUUAGUGGACCUGCAACUUAACACAUGAAUUGGGGUGUACUGUUGACCCCGGAGUGAAAUGUGAGUCCAAUGCAAAUCCCUGUUCACAAACUCAGAAAAGUGUUUGGAAAACUAGGGGACCUAAGAGAGCUAUGGUAUAGAGCAGCUGGCACGCGGAAGUGAGCCCAUUCAUCCACACAAUGGCUCCCCACGCCCCGUGACUCCCUCGCUGCUGCGUACUUUUUUCUUUUCGUUUUCCAUGAACCUUACUCAUCGCAUUGCUACAACUCCUGCAUUUCCUAACUACCCCCUUACCUUCUCCUUUGCUGGCCAGGUCCCUCCAUGAAACCAAUUGAACUUCCACAUCUAGUUGGUUUUAGAGCCAAGAAGAGAACCCAGCUCUUGAUUUAAAUUAUGGAGGUUCUUAACCACACAACACUGCCUUCUGGGGAUGCAUUUCUACUUUGAGAGGUGUCAUUUGGAAUCCUCAAGACUCCAUUUACAGACCAACAAAAUAUUUUGUAACAAUCCCUGGCUUUUAAUUUCUCUUCGUUUUAGAAUACUCCUUCAACAAGUAAGUAGAGCCCCACUUACACUACAAGGAGACCAAUUAGAGAUGAGAAGGUGAAACUUAUGUGCAAACGCUCCUUGGAGGCGCUUGAUGGGUCUUCAGUUUGCGUUUCCAAGGGACUAGAAAGCCAUUUGCAUUUCGACCCCUCAUCUCAAAUGAGAGGAACAGAAGUUUAACUUCCUCAAAUAGCCCCACUGUGGCCACCAGUCUAGGAAGAAAGGUCAGAGGAAGGGAAAGCAUGGAGGGUUGCUUUGUGACUCAGCAGGACCAGGACUCAGCAGCCACUGGCAGCCUAGCAGAGGUGACUAGGGGCUGGCAGUAGAGGAGUGUUUUACAAGAGGUGACUUGGCUGCUGGCUGCAGUGGGAGGCCAUGUUCGAUGGCAGUCAACAUUUGUGUUCUGCACAUUGCUGUAUCUAUAAUUAUGAUAAGCAAGUGUUGACAGAAUUAUAGUAUAAGGUGGUAUAUUAUAAGCUGAUGGUAAAGGGUUUGGUAUUAGGACUUAAGUAGAAAAUCUUACUCCUGGCUUGUUAUUCUCCAAUAAUAAGAUAACGGGCUUGUGGAGUGUGCUUUUCCCUAUCACCAGGCAGGUUGACCUGGGAACUGUCUAAAGUCUAUACAGAUAUUUCCAAAGCCUUUAAAUGCCAACUGUAGCAUAGACAGGGAGUGGCAGGAGCCGAAAUGCCUCAAAAGCCAUUUAAGUGUUAUGUCGCAGGAUUUUCUGUCCUGCUCAUUAUGUAACAGUACAUAAAUAUAGACAUUUUCCUCAACACUACCCUAUCGUAUCACAAUGGUCCAAAUGCCAGCGCUUACAGAUAAUGUCAUCACAGUGCCUAGAAACUCAAACUGUAACAUACCGUAGCAUCUUCUUGGUGUUUCUUCACGUUUCUUUCCACAAAGCAAGGCUCCCUCUGCCUCGUGUUUCUAAAAGAGUUCACCCCACUGAGGAGCCUGCCUUCCCUAUUGGACUCAGUCACUUGGGGAACAGUCACAGAAGCACAUAUCAACCAAGGAAGAAACUUCCUGGAUAUCUGUCUCCCACUUGCCCAGGUAUAAUAAACACUAAAGAGGGGGAAAUCGAAGAGCUGCCUACUGGUCAACUUGGAAGGGUAGUUCUGCCCUGGAUUGGUGUCUUUCUUUUUCUUCCUUUUUUUUUUUAAAAAAAAUCUAUUUCUUAAAUAAUAAUAAAUGCACAUGAUGUGUUAAAUAUGUACAUAUAUAUUUCAAAAAAUGGGCACAAGAUUGUCUUACAAGUCCUUCUGGCUAAUUUUUAGUUUGUAUUCAUAAGUGGUUUUUAAAAGCCUUUUUUAAAGUGUAAUUUGCAUGUCCUACUUUGAUUGUAUGUAAACAUAUUUUAGAACAAAAAUGUAUUUGUAUUUUAUUGAAUAUAGAGGCAAGAAAAAUUGUACAUUGUUUGAAAUGUUCUUUUUGUAACAGUUUUUAUUCAUAAAGCAUUUUUGUACAUUUAAAUGAACAUGGACUUGCUGUCAUUUGAGGCGUAGCGACAUCUGGCAUGCUUUACUGUCAUGCUCUCCCAUGGUCUUAGAUGUUGGGUUUUAAACAUUUUUUCUAAAAGAAAGCUCGCUCGGUGUCUUCGCUACCAGAUCAGGUUAGCACAGUGCAGAGCACUUAACUAUUAAAAAAAAAAGUUGGUCCUAUUCAUAUGUUAUUCAUUGUGUGAAAUUAAAGACAUUCAAUUCAGUCUAA